UUUUUUUUUGGUAAGCUGACACUCUACUGUUGUAUGUACUUUCUUCAUCUUUAUAUUUAUAAGAUGUCCAACGAACAAAGCGUAGAUGAACAGCAAAAGAGAUAUUCAAAUGAAAAGCCUGUGACUACCAAAGACAUAGCCAAUCUUUAUUCUCAUUUACAAACAAUGAUUGAUAAUGUGCCCAAGUCACCACGCCUUGAAAUAGAAGAGACGACAUUUCCUAUUACCCCCACUUGUUCUUCAAGUUUAAUACCCCCAAACCGCAAGGUAACACCCAAAGAGCCCGACUGUCCUUGUCAUCAUAUUCUGGUGUCCAAAGAUUCCAAAUAUUGUGGAUUAUGUGAUGAUGUGAUACCUGUUCUUUCCCAACUUCAACACGAAGUCAAGAGCUCACGACAAGAAGGCAAGAAAUACAAGGAGUCGCUUGAGUUAGAAAAGCAGAAUGCAAAGACUUUUACUGUCCAGCUAAAUACAGUUGAAAACAAAAUUGUGAAUUUGAAUCAAAAGCUGAAUGAGACGAAUCAGAAAUAUAGCUCUCUUCAGGAGGAUUUAUCAGUCUUAAAGAACAAACUAGUGAAGGAAAAGGAGGAGACGGAGAGAGCAAAAGAGGAAAAGCGAGUAUUAGAAAACGAAUUGGAAGACCUUUCACAAAAGCUAUUUGAAGAGGCCAAUCAUAUGGUGGCCAAUGAAAAGAAAGCGAAACAUGAACUAGAAAUUCAAUAUCAACAUUUGCAAGCGGAAUUAAAGCAGUGUCAAAUACAAUUAGAGGCAGAAGAAGAACAACUUAAAGAGUUAAAGAACAAAUUAGGCGAUGAAACCACAGUGAAACAGGUGACGACGACAGGUGCACAAGAGAGCCUACUUGACAUCGAUCCAAUGUUAUUGAGUGAAUUUAAGGAACUUGUCGAUUGCGGACCUUCUCGAAAAUUACACACAAUUCCUUUUAUGAAAAAUAGUUUAUUGGAAGAUAUUGAACCAUGUCUCAGAUUCGGUCCCAGCUCAAGAUUAUCAACAAAGAAAUUAUAUGAAGCAAUCUCUUUAAAUGCAUGCUUUAUCGAAGAAUGUCCUCAAGUAUGUCCUCAACAACCAGAUCCUCUUAAGAUUUCUGCCCUGAAAACAACUUUAUGGGAAAGAGCAACUGCUAUUUCAGGCUGUCAGGCAUGCGGAAGAAAUACAGAGGCCGUCCUUCCAUAUAGAUUUCGUAUCUCCGUAAUGGAUGACUGGGCUUGUAUUGAUAAAUUUUGUAGGGAUCGUCUGGUUGCUGUAUGUGAAUUUUACUUAUUCGUCAGAAACACCAGACAAGGCUACUAUCAUUCACGCACUCUCUCCGACUUGUAUAAUGAAUCAGUGCAACUAAGACUUUCUAUGUUUUACACUAGAAUGGGCACCCCGUCUCCUCCCGUCACUGCGACUGCCACUGCCACUGCCAUUACCGCCACUGCUGAUGCCACUCUCACUUCCACAGAGGAAGAAGAGACCCUGACUGACACUGAAACAGUGCUGUCAUCGGAUUCAAGUAUCAGCUCCAAUGAAGACGACGCAUACUUUCCAAGACAUCCCGGUAAUUCGGUUUGGGUCCAACAUUCUUUUUUAUGAAAAAAAUAGUAAUCUUUUUAUAGUUUAGUGGCUUUUAUAUUUGUAACCUUUUACGCUCUUUUGUCCUAAUUAGUAUAAAGACUAGAAAAAACUAUUGCUUUUUUACCAAUUCGUAAAUAUGAG